AUGAAUGAUGAACCUUCUAAAGAAAAUCCUUCUAACAUACAUUCAGAUGAUGAUAACAUAUCCAUUGCCUUUAGUAAUAGAGUUCGAUCAUUAACUCCAGAAAAUCUUCUUGAUGAAGAACAAUCACAUGUAUCAAAAAAGUUUAAGUUAAAUAAACCCAAACAUAAAUAUGUCAAAACCACAACAUAUUGUGGUCAACAAUUUUUACAUGAUGGUUCUACAGGUAAUAUGGCAAACCACCUUCGCAGAAAACAUAAUAUUCAUGAGGAAAUGAAUAAACUUCAAGAUAAAUCUGUUCAAUUAACUUUACCACAAAUCUUAGAACGAUCUAAAAUAAAACUGCAUAAAGAAUCACGAAAUAAAGAAAUUAGGCAAGCUAUUACUGAAUGGAUUGUUGUUAAUAAUCUUCCAAUUAAUGUAAUUCAGGAUAAAGGCUAUCGAAAAAUGGUGAUAAUUAUUGAUCCUGUAUUUCCAAUUUCUUCUAAUAAACGAAUUAAAAAGGAAAUUCACAUUGGAUACACUAAUUCAAUUGAAGAAUUAAAGAUGCUACUUACACAAUGGAAUUCUAAAUAUCAUUCUUGGUAUCAUUUAUUAAAAUUACGUAAAGCUAUUGAAUGGCUAGCUGCUACUUUACCUUUAUCUGAAAAUUCUGAUGAUCUUGAUUUAUUAGAGCCAUUUAAUAAUGCAACUACUUAUUUUAGUGAAACAUCUUAUGCAACUUUAUCAAUUAUUUAUCCUUUAAUUCAAGUUCUUAAAUAUAAAUAUGUAUGUGAUAAUUAUAAUAUAAUAGAACAAGCAGAAUCAUCAGAUGAAGAUAGCAAUACUGAUGAUGAUGAAAAUUUAGAGUUUAAUACUCUAGAAUAA